GUGCAUUAAAAUGAAAAUACGUCAAUGGACCAAAUGUCUUCAGUGUCUUCACCAUAUUCCCUGAACCCCUCUUUAAAUUAUUAACUAAAUAACUAGAGAAAUUUCAUUGAGAUUUGAUUACAUCAUUAAAUAAUGUUAACACAUUUCAUUUUAACUAUCUCUCAACCGAUCAAAUAAGUGGAGAUCUAUCGGAAAGGUUUAUCAAUAGUCAUGUCGCACACAGAUUUAUAAUGUGUUUAGUGUAUAAAAUUUGCUUUUUGGGGUGAGUAGAAUUUCGUACAAUCUAAUUAUGAAUUUCGACGAUAGUGCUGGUAGUGGCUACGUCACUUCGGAGACAAUAUAUGGGACUCAUGAGGAUUCCCAUGUCGUGAUGUCGGAGAAGGUCCAAACACUGGCAGCAAACAUAUAUCAAGAAUUCGAACGAAUGAUAGCACGAUACGAUGAAGAUGUUGUAAAGACCUUGAUGCCAUUGCUUGUGAAUGUACUGGAGUGCUUAGAUUCAGCCUAUCAAACGAAUCAAGAACAUGAAGUAGAACUUGAGCUGCUGCGGGAAGAUAAUGAGCAGCUGGUCACACAAUAUGAGCGUGAGAAAUCUGCUAGGAAGUUUGCAGAACAGAAGCUUCUUGAAUCAGAAGAUCAUUAUGAAGGUGAAAGAAAAGAUCUUACUGGCCGACUGGAAGCCCUUGACAGUAUUGUUCGGAUGCUAGAGUUAAAGCUCAAGAACUCUCUUGACCAUACUAGUCGGUUGGAGGAGCGUGAAAAUGAAUUGAAAAAGGAAUAUGCAAAACUGCAUGACCGGUACACUGAGUUGUUCAAAACUCACAUGGACUACAUGGAACGAAGAAAGCUACUAUUGAGUACUGCUAGUGAAAGGGGUGAGCUAUGUGGUAGACUCGGCUUAAAUCCAGUUGGAAGAUCAAGUGGUCCUAUUUCAUUUGGCUUUGCAUCUUUGGAAAGUUCGAUGAAUGUUGUGGAACAAACAGAAAGUAUCCCAGGCAGUCCAGUGAGUCUCUCGUCAUCACCAUCCUCACCACCCUUGGGUUCAGAAUUGGCUGCAGUGCGGACUCUCGAACAAUCACAUCAAACUGAUGCAAUCAUUCAACAGAGUCAGGCGACAUCCCCAGUUGCGCCAUCGGCAGGAAAAACGGGACGGUCUCAAACGAAAAGUGAAAAGCGAAGUGGUAAUACUCUUUACCAAGAGCUCUCCUUCCAUGAUAGUGACGCUAAUGCCGCUGAGGGUGAUGAAAGUGGUGACGUAACAGGAAGUUGGGUCCAUCCUGGAGAAUAUGCGUCUUCAGUUAACGAUAAUUAUUUCGGAAUGGGCAAAGAGGUGGAAAAUCUGAUAUUAGAAAAUAAUGAACUUCUAGCCACUAAGAAUGCCUUAAAUGUCGUAAAGGACGAUUUGAUUGUAAAAGUGGAUGAAUUGACCGGAGAACAGGAGAUACUGAGAGAGGAGAUGGCUAACCUCAGUAGUGCGAGGGAAAAACUGAGCGAGAGAGUAAGACAAUUGGAGGAGGAGAUGCGAAAUCUCAAGGAGACAAUGAAUUCGACUGCUGGAGGUGCUGAGAAUGAAGAUGAAGCAGAUGUACCGAUGGCACAGCGGCGGAAGUUCACUCGAGUCGAAAUGGCAAGAGUGCUUAUGGAGCGCAAUCAGUACAAGGAGCGUUUCAUGGAACUACAAGAUGCAGUGCGUUGGACUGAAAUGAUGCGUGCCAGUCGCGUAGAGUCCACGAUUGACAAGAAAGGCAAACAGGGGUUCUUGGCGUUUUUUAGUAAACUGUUCAGCUCGGACCGUCCGCAACGCCCAUUAUCGACGCCGCAUUUAAAAGCGGUGGCGGCUCCUCAACCACCUCUGCGUCAUUCGAGGACUCAAGCCGACUUCCUGGAGACGCAGCUAUCUGAUCAUCAUCACAGAAGACAUGAGAGAAGCGAGCAAUUUCGACAGGUUCGAGCUCAUGUACGUAAAGAGGACGGACGUACACAGGCGUAUGGAUGGAGUUUGCCUGGAAAAAGCGGUCAGGGGCAGAAAGAAACAAACGUGUCUCUAUCAUCAGGGGGCGUGCCAGUCCCAGUGCCAGUCUUUUGCAGACCCAUAGCAGAAUCUGAGCCUCGUAUGUCGCUCCUGUGUGCGGCCGGAGUUAAUCUGAACGGAGGGAAGUUCCCGGUUGGUGGCUAUAUGACCAAAGAGGGUGUGUACUACGCCAAGGACGAAGAUAAAACAGGAAACACCGUUUCGUUAGCUUGUGAGAUGCUUAUAGCGGAAGGAGCUAACUCGUCAGAAGUAGAAGAAAUCAAUAAUCAACUGCAAGAUUCCCAGGAAGCUCAGAGAAACAUCUCAUCUCUAGUCUGGAUAUGUUCUAGUACACAGAAGAAAGGGAUUGUUAUGAUUGUGGACGCGAAUAAUCCCGCCGAUGUGAUAGAAUCGUUCACAGUGAGCGAUAAACAUAUACUCUGCGUGGCUGCGGUGCCGGGCGCUAUCGAUGAUGACUAUCACGAGUUUGAGGAGCGAAUGACUGCUGAAAAUGAAAAUAAAGUUUAUUCGGGCUCGUUAUUCUGCGUGACCAAGAGUGACUCCACGGAAAGCAUAACCAAUGGUUUGCCAUUACGUCCAAAUGGAAAUAAUUCAGGAGAUAACGGCGGCAAAGAAGUCGUUGUAGGCAGUACACGAUUGGUUCUAUCUACAUUUGUGACGCCGCCAAGUUCCCCUACCAAAGAGCCUCAGCCACCGGCUGAUGAGGAUCCUCCGAAGGAGUCAUCCAUAGAAAGGGUGGAAGAGAAAGAUUUUGUUGCGCCUGAAAAUCCUCCCAAUAGUUCGACGCCGGUUAAUUCAUCGAACGUGUUUUCAGCACCGCGGACAUCUCCGGAGCCCGGCGUAGAUGCAUUCGCUCAGGAGCAGUCGAAUGCAGAAACUAACACCGACGUCACUACCGAAGGGAAGAAUAUAAUGACUGUCAUGCCGACAAUGUGGCUGGGUACAAAGAGCGGCAACCUUUACGUGCACUCCGCCGUCUCUGACUACAGCAAGUGUCUUGCGAGAGUGAAGCUAAAUGACGCUAUAUUAUCAAUCGUGGCUUGUUGGUCACGGUGUAUCGUCGCUCUGGCCGACGGAACUGUUGCCAUAUUCGCUAGAAACGGAACCGGUCGGUGGGACUUCUCGAAGUACUGGCUCAUGACACUGGGAGACUCCAAAUGUUCAGUUCGUUGCCUGAGCGCCGUGGGGUGCACCGUAUGGUGUGGCUACCGUAACAAAGUACACGUGAUUGAUCCUCGCAACAGACUGCUCCUACACACUCUAGAAGCACACCCGAGACAAGAGAGCCAAGUGAGACAAAUGGCUUGCGAGGGAGAUGGAGUUUGGGUAACAAUAAAGAUGGACUCUACACUCCGUUUAUACCACGCUCACACCUACCAACACCUGAAAGACGUGGACAUUGAGCCAUACGUGAGCAAGAUGCUGGGGACUGGAAAACUGGGCUUCUCUCUGGUCCGAAUAACUGCUCUACUGAUAAGUUCUGGACGCUUGUGGAUCGGGACGAGUAACGGCGUGGUCAUAUCGGUACCGUUGAGUGAUAAAGACAAUCGCUCUACCAGUCCAAGUGGGACGAUACCUUGGUGUUCAAUGGCACACGCUCAGCUUAGCUUCCACGGCCAUCGUGAUGCUGUGACGUUCUUCGUCGCAGUACCAGGCUCAGAGUCGCAAAGGUCGACGGAAUCGCCACCGCUUAGCCCUGUGCCGCCACCGAUGCUUGUGAUAUCCGGUGGCGAAGGCUAUAUUGACUUUAGAGUAGCCGAUUCGGAAAUGGAAGACAGCGUAGUAGUGGCGGAAGACGGUACAUCAUCCAGCGGUCUCAACUCAUUGUUGGAACGCGCUUCCAAGAGUCACCUGAUAGUGUGGCAAGUUGCGACCGCCUAACGUAAGGCCAGCCGCGCACGAGUCGAUUCAGAGUCUGAUUACGUUUACGUGUGUGUCUCCACGAAACCGGAGGCAUCGUUCAACAUCUAAAUGGAUAGUGUGUUCGUAUUGGGGACGUGGUGCGUGAGCUCUUAGAAUGAAAUAUGGGCAAUGUUGUUUGUACAAUGAAGAAAAAAUAUUGUAUUAAAGUGAUUGUUAUAUUACUGCUCAUAUAUUUAUUUUUCAUUAAAUUUUAAUCUUAGAUCUUAAGCGAAAGACAUCGCGUCCAUUUUGCGACCCCGAUCGCACCCUCGCUAGCGAUCAGUUACGGCAAGGUAAUUUGUACUGACUCGUCCUCUAUUACAAAUACUGGUCAGAAACAAAUAUCCUAAGCUAGAAUUUGUCGGUUUAUCUUUCGCUUUAAGCGAUACCGUGCAUUAUAUGUGCGUGCAAAAGCAGUUUGCAAGCUCUCGCGUUUUGUCUUUCGCUUUACUAAGAAUUUCUCUUGCGAUUUUUCUCUGUGUCUAAAAGUGUGUAAAAACUCACAGCUGAUUGUGAGUGACCGAAAUAACAUUCUAAGAGCUUAUUUACUGUAAAACUAUAUUGUAGUCAAACUAGAUCAACCUAUAGAUGUUCCUGUGAGUAGGAAAGCAUUCUCGUCACAAAUAGCCCAUUAUACACAUUUUAGCGACAAUAAACUCCGAACUACAAAGAUAUGACUGAGGUAGUAAUAUAAGUUAUUAUAUUUAUAAGUGAACCGCUUCGUGCCCUGGAUACGUUAUGUUUUUUCAUGACAUGUCAUGUCAGGAGGCAGUAACACCACUGCACUCCGCUCCACGCUUAAUGCGGACUUUUGCAACAUUAGGGGAAUCCACUCCACGGGGAUAUGUGUGUACGUUAGGGAGGAUAUCUGCUGUUGUCGUCUCGGCAAUUUUGAGGUAAGUGACCUGUCUACUCUCUGGCUUCGUGUAGAUUGAGGAUCGCGUCCGCAUCUAUACGUGUAUCUACAGGUCCCAACGUGGCAACGCAGAAACGGAUCAUCUCAUGGGCUGCGUUCAAGCGGCAAUUGAUGACGUGCUUGCACUGAUCCCUUCCGCUGAAAUCGUAGUCUUGGGUGAUUUCACCGGGACGGCCAAAUGGCUUGGGUCUCGUACCACAGACUAAGCAGGGCAGUUUGAAUUGUCGAGGACCCAGUCCUCUAUGAACGCCUGGAUCACUUGGCGUUGCGUAGAGACAUCGCUUCAUUGCGUGUCUUCUACCGCUUUUAUCAAGGGGAGUGUUCUGAAGAGCUGUUUCACCUGAUUUCUGCCGCCGAAUUCACCUCCGCACGACACGCCACAAAUUAGGAUAUCCUCCUUACUAUCUGGAUGUGUGGCGGACCUUCACAGUGCGGUUUACAAGGAGCUUUCUUCCACGUAGUGCAACAAAGCUGUGAAAUGAGUAUCCUAGUGAGGUGUCCAGGACGAUACGACAUGGGUACCUUCAAAAAAGGCGCGUACACUUUCCUUAAAGGCUGGCAAUAAUCUGAUUCCCCUGGUGUUGCAAGAGAAAGUGGGCAGCGGUGAUCACUUAACACCAAGUGACAUGUACGCUCGUUUGUCCUCCUUUUCCAUAGUAAAAAAAAAAUGAUUGUUCCGUCCCCAAACGAAACCUUUUAGGAAGGGAUUUGAGGAAUUACUAAAGUACGAUAUUAAUUUGGUUGCGAAUGCAAAUGUGGAAUUGAUUUUGUAUCGUAGUGACUAUUCCAUAAAAUCCAUUUUCUAUUCACGCAAUCUUAAGAUCAACUUUGAGCCUACCAUUAUCGAUUUAACUGAAGUACUAACUUCUCCAGGGUAAAGCUGACAGCUUAGUGCGUGGAUUUAGGUUUUUAAUAGAAUAUUGUCUAAUUCGGGUAUCAAAAUAAGCUCAAGACGUAGAGGAACCUAUUCUAUGUAAUUGAACAACAUACAAUUCUUACGAUUUGUCCACCAUAUUCUUAAAUGUUAGAAUACUUACAUUACACGAAACAGUGAAUAAUGUGAAAAUAUACUUUAGUAGGACAGGACCCUUGUCAUAAAUGAUGGUAGGCUCAUAGUUCUUGCGACCAUUGUUACCAUAAUCAUAGAACACGUGAAUCUCGACUCAUAGACCCGUGCACGGCUCAUGGACUCUCUUGUGAAAUCUACUGUCAUCGUUCAUUUAUGCUUUUGCGCCGGUCGUUGCGUCGCUUAAUACGCGCUCGUUCAUUACUUAUGCUACCUGUAUUGCAUUGUCAUAUGAAAAUAUUUUUAAGUCUUCUAUGUUGAUUAGCAUUAGUGUGGUUAGACGGGGGUGUGUGGCUACUGAAAUGUAGAACAAAGCUCGUCUGGCUACAAUUACAGUAAAUAGUUUCACAACGAUGACUUUAAAAUAUUUAUUACGAUAGGAAUAACGAAUGUCCAACACUCGCCAUGUGGUGGCCAUACAUUUUGUUACUUUUUAAAAAUUCCGCAUAUAUAGCACACAUAUUGCCGUGCGAUUAACUAGUUUUUGUUAGUUAGUAUAGUAUUUUUAAGUUAUGACGACGGCUAGCUUAGGUACACGCUAUUGAUGUACAAAAUAUGUUAUUAAGAAAUCUCAUUAAGGUAAUGUACAAGUUAUAACCACCAAAUAAUUUCACUAGAUAUAGGUCGUAGUGUAACGGACAUUUUUUAAUAAUUUUGUUUGAUUUUCUCAUCUAGCUAUAAAACGGGCUGUGGUUAUCAUCUCCAUCACAAUAUUUAAAAUAGUAACGAUUAUCAAAUUAUUGGUUCCGAAUGGCUUGUGAUACUAAUAUACGGAACCAGGUAUGUUUUAAUUAAUUAGUGUUAGUGUGAGGCAAUAUUUAAUCAGAAGGUUGUUUUCUCGUUAAUAUUUUAAUUUAUUUAUUUAUAUUAUAAAAUGACCUCAAAAUAUAUGUUAUUAUUUAAGUAAACAACUAAUUUUGCACCUACCACAACAAAUAAACAUUAGCAAAUAUAUUCUAAUUUCUUAAGGUUUUUAUUUAGAAACUGUAAGCACAAAGUUGCAUUCACAACAUAUUAUUUAGCAUAUGAAAUCCAAAUAAUAUUUUUUAUCCGCGUUAUUAUGUGCAAAGUAUAAAGAUGAUUUACAUGAUUUAUGUGUGCUCUUUUGAUUUACUAAAGAAACUUAAAUUAAUUUAGGUAUAUUUAGUUUUUGAUUUGUUUUUAUUUUAUAGCAAUUAAUAAUCUGAUGUAAGUAUAUGUAAGUAGUACCCCUUUUGCGGAUAGUAUAUUGGAACAAAUGCGUUUCGAUUUCGUAUUUUUAGAACUGGGAUUUUUUAACUACAAAAUCGUAUUACACAGUUUUAAUUUUUAUUAAUAUCUCAGCAAAGAGAUUCCGUUUUACUACGGAAAUCCCAGUGCGGACAAUAUAUAUAGACGCUUUUUGUGCAGCUAUUUAGGAUUUCUCAUGUAUGGCGUCUAUUAAGAUUUGAACAUCAUGACCAGCUAUGAUGGUGAUAAAAUUAGUUUCCAAUACGCUGCCGUUGAAUCGAAACAGUUGAUGCUAUCUAAAGAUAUUUCACUUUAAUAACUAGUCAGUAAAAGAUUUAGAUGUAAGGUUUUAUUUUGCGAUGUGCUCAAUGGAUGCCAAUGAUGUUAUUUAAUUGUAAUUAUUGGCAGAAUAAGCGCGGGCAUUAUUUAGUUAGCUUUUUAAAAUUAUAAUCAAUGCGUUAAUUGUAUGACGAAAGGCUUCCGUUAAGAGGUUUUUACAGCUUACGUCUUUUAGUAGAAAUAUUUUAAUAUUUUCCUUUACAUCCAUAAAUGAUUGUUUUUCUAACGUUAAUGGUAUUCAUUAAUUGCAGUUGUUUCAAAUCACACCCGUAUGUUUUGUCAAAGCAGAUUGGUUACUUCAUGAUAACAUUUAUUUUAAAUAUUGUUAAAGUCAUUUAAAUAAUAGAAUCGAAAUUAAUAUUAACUGAUAUUGUUUAUAUGAAUUAUAAAACAUGAAAGAAGGUUUUGAAUUAUAUGUUAUAAUUUUGGAAUUUUGUAGGUUCGAACAGUUUUAUAAGCAAUACAGACCUCUUAACUGUAACUUGAUUAAAUUAACAGUUUGGCCUUUUUAUCGAGUGUGUAUGUUUACACGUAGAAGUGAUAUAAAUAAUCGCUUAAUAGAUUUAAUAUAAGUAUGUAAUGUUUGCGUGCCUUUAUUUACUUUUAUUACCUAUUUAAGAAUGAAAGUAAUUAAAGAUAUUGUGCAAUUAUUUAUUAGACAGAGAUUACUUUUAGCGUUAAGUAUUUAUAUUUAGAUAUUUUUGUGUACAAAAUUUUGAGAUGCGUUGGUGAAAUUGAUUUUGCUUAUAUGCGAUUAUUUGAUAUAAUUUAUUGAUUAAUUUAUUUAAUGAUAUUCAUACUACAAUAAGUCGACUUAUGUUGGAUCGAAAAAGUUAAUUAGUAAAAUUUUAAUAUGCGUCUCAAUAAAUGAAUUAUGCUGAUUGAA